CGUUGAAAUUUUUAAGAUGUCUCCCUGCUGGGACCAUAGUCUAUGAGUGAGGUCCUUGGUUCGAACAUGUGGAUGUCUCGUUGCACUUAUUCUUGGAAAAUUGGAAAGAGAGCUGGAAUUCGGUGGUCUUUUACCACAAUUUAGAGAAUGUACCUUGGAGUUGCAGUCCUCUCAAUGAUAUCUAUCUCUCAAAAGAUGAUAAUUUACAAUGCCAACAUUCCAUCUUCGUUGCAAUAAGUCGCUGCAUUCUUUGUUUAAAUACAGAACCAUUCACAUGAAUAGUAGCUUAUAUCGUAGUCUUAAUUCACCAUCAACGCCAGCUUUUUAUAAACUACAACACAGCAAUAUUGAAGAUUAUUAUUAUUCUGCGUUGCACAGAUGUAAAACAAUCAAGCAGCUCCUGGGAAUCCAUGCACAAGUGAACAAAAUUGGCGUUAACCAGCGAAUUUCUGUAGCUAUCAAGCUUGUCAAUAAGUAUGCCGAAUACCGCAAUGUGGAGAAUGCACGACUGGUAUUUGACAGAAUGUCUGGAAACAAUGCAUGUCAAGUGUUUGAAAAAAUGUCCGAACAUAAUAUUCUUCUAUGGAAUGCAAUGCUUGCAGGUUAUGCCUCUCAUGGUCUAUCAGAAGAAACUAUCACACUCUAUUACCAAAUGCAAAUUGAAGGCAUGUCACCAGACGAGUUCACAUUUUCGAUUGUGCUCAAGGUGUGUGCCAGCCCAUUGGUUUUGCAAGAGGGAAAGAAAAUUCAUAGUCAUAUAGUAAAGAAAAUGGGAUUGGAGUCUGGAGUAGUUGUUGCAACUGGGCUUGUAGAUAUGUAUGUUAAAUGUGGAAGUAUCGAGGAUGCGCAGCAGGUGUUCGACAAGAUGCCUGAGAGAAAUGUAGUCUCGUGGACUGCCAUGCUCAGAGGGUAUGUGCAGAACGGGCAAGGCAUAGAAGCCUUGAAGAUGUUUAAUCAGAUGCAACUGGGAGAAGAAAUCCCCAAUUCUUUCACCACGGUGAAUGUGCUCGCUGCAUGCGGCCAGUUAGGAUAUCUGCAUCAAGGUAAGUGGAUACAUGCUUAUGUAAUUAGAAGUGGAUUUGAGUCGGAUUGUUUUAUUGGCCCAGCAUUAAUAAAUAUGUAUGCAAAUUGCAAUUCAAUUUUUGAUGGAUGUCAAAUGUUUGACAAAAUCUCGAAAAGGGAUGUAUUUUCCUGGACUUCAAUUAUUGGUGCUUGUGCGCAGAAUGGUUACGCACAUGAGGCAUUGGCAAAUUUCAAGGACAUGCAGUUGCAAAGCAUUAAUCCCAAUUCAGUUACCCUCUUGAGCGUGAUUAUGGCUUGUACAAAUAUAGGAAAUCUGACAUACGGGAGGUGUGUCCAUGGUUAUGUACUUAGACGUGGAUUUCAGGCAGAUGAAUCUGUGGGGAAUUCUGUUUUGACUAUGUAUGCCAAGUGCCAUACUAUAGAAGUAGCAUCUACAUUGUUUCAGAAAAUGGCUAGAAGAAAUGUAGUCUCAUGGAAUGCAAUGAUUACUGGGUAUACCCAAAUUGGAUAUCAUAAUGAUGCAUUGACAAUUUUUCAUCAAAUGGUGGAACUUGAAAAUAUGAAACCUGACCAAGUUACCGUUGUGAGUGCGCUCUCGUCGUGUUCUCAUUUAGGCGCUCUGCAAAAAGGCAAAUGGAUUCAUGAGUACAUAAUUAGAAGUGGAUUUGCAAUAGAUGUCUUUAUUGGAGCAGCCCUUAUAGAUAUGUAUGCCAAAUGUGGCAGUAUAGACAUUGCUCACCAAGUUUUUCAAAAAAUGUGCAAAAAAAAUGUUGUGGUGUGGAGUGCAUUGAUUGCAGGGUAUGGAAUGCAUGGGCACGGCCAUAGUGCCCUUGCUCUUUUUGCGGAAAUGAAGCAGCUUGGUACAAAACCAAAUCAUGCCACCUUCAUUUCUAUUUUGUCCGCUUGCAGUCAUGCAGGUCUGGUAGAAGAGGGCUGGUACUGUUUUCAUUCUAUGCAGCAAGAUUAUUGCAUUGCACCCAUGAUGAAGCAUUAUGCAUGCAUGGUUGACCUUCUUGGCCGUGCUGGCCAUUUGGAUGAAGCACAAGACUUCAUCAAAAGAAUGCCAUUAGAGCCUGAUUCUUCAAUUUGGGGAGCCUUGCUUGCUGCCUGCAAAAUUCACUCUAAUAUUGUGCUCGGACAACAUGUGGCUGGACAUCUAUUGAACUUGAACCCUGAAGAUCCUGGCUACUAUGUACUACUGUCAAACAUCUACGCCGCAGCUGGAAAAUGGGAGAAUGUGGAAAGGGUAAGGUCGUUGAUGAAAGAUAGUGGGUUGAAAAAGACGCCAGGGUGCAGCGUGAUUGAAGUUAAAAACAACAUUCAUUCAUUCCUUACAGGAGACAGAUCACAUCCUCAAUCUAAGAAAAUAUAUGCAACUUUACAAAGCUUAGCUGGGCAAAUGGAGGAUCUAGGAUAUGUGCCAGACACAAAUGUUGUGUUGCAUGAUGUUGACGAGGAAAUGAAGGAGCACUUGCUUUUAUAUCACAGCGAGAAGUUAGCUAUUGCUUUUGGUCUUAUCAGCACAUGCGCCGGAGCUUCUAUUCAGAUCAGAAAAAACCUCCGUGUCUGUAGUGACUGCCAUACUGCUACAAAGUUUAUUUCCAGAAUUGUCAGGCGAGAAAUUAUAGUGAGGGACGCAAAUCGCUUUCAUCAUUUUAAAGAUGGAUUAUGCUCUUGCGGAGAUUACUGGUGAUGCGCUAAAAGCAACAAGCAUAAGCAGAUGUCUCACAUAUUUUUUCUCUUUAUACAUUGGAGGCAAUUCAUUGAGGGAAUGGCUAUCAGUAGGUAAAAGAUAAUGAUGCGUUGAUCGGUAGAAUGCACUGAACAUCUAUUAUAAUGUAUAAAGAUAAUGAUACGUUGAUACAUUCUAGGAACUGGAUAGCAGUUUCCAUUUGUUGAUAUUGUUUGUCUCUAACAUGGUAAGCAUUUUGAGAAAAAACUAUAAGCAAAUAUUCAAUUUGUUUUUACCGUUAACUCCACCUUUUGGAUGAAGAUAUAGAUGUGUAAGACCCCAUAUGA